GACAAAUUACAUUGACACAAUGUUGAUUCAACCAGUCUGUGCCCAGUGGGAAGGAAAUUCUGCCAGAUGACUCUAUUCAUGAACCUUUGCUGGGGACAGCAUACUUACUGUACAGUGCAUUUGGAAAGUAUUCAGACCCCUUGACUUUUUCCACAUGUUAUGUUACAACCUUAUUCUAAUAUGGAUUAAAUAGUUUUCAUUCAGGAUCUCUCUGUACUUUGCUCCGUUCAUCUUUCCCUCUGUCCUGACUAGUCUCCCAGCAUCUGCCCCUGAAAAACAUCCACACAGCAUGAUGUUGCCACCACCAUGCUUCACCGUAGGGAUGGGUGUCAGGUUUCCUCCAGACGUGACACUUGGCAUUCAGGCCAAAGAGUUCAAUCUUGGUUUCAUCAGACCAGAGAAUCUUGUUUCUUAUGGUCUGAGUCCUUUAGGUGCCUGUUGGCAAACUCCAAGCGGGCUGUCAUGUGCCUUUUACUAAGGAGUGGCUUCCGUCUGGCCACUCUACCAUAAAGGCCGGAUUGGUGGAGAGCUGUAGAGAUGGUUGUCCUUCUGGAAGGUUCUCCCAUCUCCACAGAGGAACUCUGGAGCCCGGGUUCUUUGUCAUGUCCCUGACCAGGGCCCUUCUCCCCCGUUUGGUCAGACGGCCAGAUCUAGGAAGAAUCUUGGUGGUUCCAAACUUCUUCCAUUUAAGAAUGAUGGACGCCACUGUGUUGUUGGGGACCUUCAAUGCUGCAGACAUGUUUUAGUAUCCUUUCUCAGAGCUGUGCCUCGACACAAUCCUGUCUUGGCGCUCUAUGGACAACUCCUUCGACCUCAUGGCUUGGUUUUUGAUCUGACUUGCACUGUCAACUGUGGGACCUUAUAUAGACAGGUGUGUGCCUUUCCAAAUCAUGUCCAAUCAAUUGAAUUUACCACAGGUGGACUAUAAUCAAGAUGUAGAAACAUCUCAAGGAUGAUCAAUGUAAACAAGAUGCACAUGAGCUCAAUUUAGAGUAUUAUAGCAAAGGGUCUGAAUACUUAUGUAAAUAAGGAAUUUCUGUUUUUUGUCAUGUAUCAUUAUGGGGUAUUGUGUGUAGAUUGAUGAGGGGGAAAAAUAUUUAAUAUUUAACAACAUGUGGAAAAAGUCAAGGGAUCUGAAUACUUUCCGAAUGCUUAGUAUGUACUGUAUAGUAUUGUGUGUAGGCAUUAUUUUCAUAAAAUUGAAUACAGAUAAUGUCAUCAUAGGCUAUUAUAAUUCACAGAGGCAGUGUUGAGUCACUUUUUGAGUGACUAAUCAGUUGACUAAUGACUUUACAUAGACCUACCUAAUUUUCCACAUUUCUCUAGCAUAUGAAAAACUGUUCCUACCUGCCAAGGCUUAUUUCUGUGAGGUGAUUAAUAUCUAUGAUGGAUGGCUAAAGUCAAGCUAUGCACCUUUCAUCCAGAGUUAUGCAUAAUUUAGGUUAUCUGACAGAUAGGGCCGUAUAUUUGACUCAAAUACUUUAAAUGGGUUUUAAUAUUAUCACAGGAGCUUCUUAUCUAUAAUAAAAUAAAAUAAAAACAGCUGUAUGAGACUAGCUCUAGAUAUGACACACAAGUGGAAUAUUGUGUUAUCUGAGACUGAGUAGUAGGCUACAAGAACAACAAAUGUUGCCUAAUCAAAUCAUGUUGAAGAUUUUUUAGUUAUCACACUUUGUUGGCAGUGCACUAUUGUAAGAAAAGCUUGUGAUGAAGUUAUAAUUAUGAUGAUGGUUAUUUUGGUCUUGAAAUAUAGCAAACAUAUGAAUGUAAUUCAUUUAGACUCUACUACUUUAAUCGAAUCAAAUGUUCACAAAUGAAAUGUAUGUAAUCUACUAACGCCUACAGGACUUCCCUAUGUCAUCUCCCCUCAAUGAUGUUCCCUAUACACAUGUCAUAUAAAUAUAAGAAAUACACAAAAACAGGUCUUAUAAAACAGCAUUAGAACUUUUGUACAAAUACCCUCCCUUUGACACCGGAUGUGUUGUGGAUAGUUUCUAAAAAAAAAUCAACGGUACAAACAGCAAUGCCUUUGGCUCGGUGGGCUAGUGCAUAGACGCUCUGGGACCAGAGACCAGCGAUGGGAAAGAAAACUCGCACAGGAACAGGAGGACGCAGAACAAUACUGCAGCUUUUCCCACCUCGAAGCGGGGCCGUCUGUGGAAGAGAAGACUCUUUAGGUUCAGCAUCCGAAGACGAGCAGGAGGGUAACGGGGAUGAAUACAGUUUUCCAAGAGAAGUAACCACAGAAAUGAGGAUGCCCGUUAAGGCCACAGAGGGUCUGUCCCUCUUGGGGGCCUAUGAGGACAGUGAUGACGAAGAGGAUGCCGACCCACAGCCUCCCUCUGUCAGGACCCAACACCAGUCUGCAGAUAUACUCGCCAACUUCAUGGCCGAAAUUGAUGCAAUCACUACACAGCCGGGCUCAGAGGAGCCCACAGGGGAUCCGUCGGCCCCAGCCCCGACCCCACCACGUCCAGAACCCAAAGCCCAGCAACAUGCCUCUGAGAUGGGGGCAGAGCCUGAGAGUACUGGGGCGGACUUCCAGUACGAUACCCAUACUUCACUCGCUGGAGUGGGAGGAUUGGAGAUGGGGGACUGGCAGGAGGUGUGGGAUGACAACACAGGUUGUUACUACUACUGGAACACUCAGACCAACGAAGUGGCCUGGCAGCUGCCUUAUUACCUGGCCCACCAGGUACAGGGCCUGCAGCAGUACACAGACAGCUCAACAGUCAAUGGCAAUGGAGCUACACAGAGUGCAGGUUGCUAUGCUGAACAACACUCCACUGCUGUUAGGGAACUAACAUCCAAGACAAAAAAGGAAGUGAUGGAGAGUGUGGUGGCCCUUACCAGUGAGGAAGAGGAGCGUCAUGGUGUGGCCGCCUCCCUCCUCGGUCCCCUCAUCCCUGCCGAGGUGAAAGAAGCGGAGGAGAAGUGGAGGAAAAGGCUGGUGGGGGGGCUGGAGGAGAGGGAGAACAGCUUGGAGGAUAGCCUCCCAGGGUCCCCUGCUCCUCCACUGAAUGAGCCAGACACCCCCACACACCCGCUGAGAGACCAAUGCAGCAGAAACCAGUCUGAGGAGGACUCUGAUGCAGAGGAGACAGAAGAGGACACCAUGGAGCUGGAGCUGGCUUUGGACAGGAAAAAGGCUGAGCUGCGGGCGUUGGAAGAGGGCGAUUGCAGUGUGGGGGGCUCCAGCCCCUGUUCUGAGGCCAGUCAGGAGGCCGCCGCCGGGACUCGUAGCCUGCUUCCGAAAAAGGCCAUGUGGAAGACUGCCUUCCUCAGAGCAGCCAGCCCCGAUUCAAACAGCAGGGACUCGGAUACACGGGAAGACCCAGACACAGCACAUUCCAAAGUCCCAGAGAAGGCCGGGGAAGAGGAGGACCCGGAAACUGGGGACAAAAUGGUUCCUAAUGUGCCACCAAAGGAGGAAGUCGAAACUCCAGAGCUCAAGUUUCAGAUCGGCGAACUUGCCAACACCUUAACCAGCAAGAUGGAGUUUUUGGGGAUCAACAAGAAAACUAUCUCCAACUUUCAGCUUCUUCUGUUACAGACUGAGACGCGGAUCGCUGACUGGCGGGAGGGGGCUCUGAACGGGAUCUAUCUCCGCCGCAGGCUGCAGGAAGCCGCCGAGCACAUAAAACAUUACGAACUUAACGCCGCCCCUAAAGGCUGGUCGUGCCACUGGGACAGAGAGCAGAGGAGGUAUUUCUAUACCAAUGACCGCACCAGUGCCUCCCAGUGGGACUUCCCAGCAGAGGAAGAUGUGGAAGAAGUAGAAAAUACCAAGACAUCCGUACAUGGGGACCCCAAACCUCCGCCCGUACCCACUGGUGGGCUCGCAGUCGUAGGAGCUUCAGUCUUCACACCCAUUGUCCCCCCUCAGCCUGGCCUUCCCUCCUAUUGGUCUGUGCCUCAGCCCCCACUUCCCCCUGACCAGCCCCCUCCCCCUGCCGACUCCCCCCCGCCUCCCCCUCCACCCCCAGAGUCACCUCCCCCUCUCCCCCCUCCUCCCCUGGAGGAUGAUGGAGAGAUAGAGGAGGUAGAGAUGGAGGAUGAUGACAGUGAGCCUCCAGCACCUGGAACAGAGCCUCCACUCCCCCCGGGUGUUGUUGUUGGCGUGAAGGUUGUGGAGUCUACAGCCCCGCUGGGUAAGAGUCAGAAACGCAAGGCUUCAGGAUCAGGUCAGCUGACCAAGGCUGUAACCAUUGGCAGCAGCGCCAUCCUCUACACACAGACCAUCGCCACAGCAGGAGCUGCCUACUGGGGUGAGUCUGCGGUAGCUACACCGCCACUGCCUUCUGAAACCGUGGCCCCACCUCUCCCACCUCCCCCUACCCGCCCCCCGCUACCCCCCGUUCAGGCCCCUUCUGCCCUGGACCCCACAGGGUUUAAAACAUUGCUAACGGACAAGACCAAGAAACUAAAGAAGGAUAAGUCGAAGAAGAGCAAAACGAAGAUGCCGUCUCUGGUGAAGAAGUGGCAGAGCAUCCAGAAAGAGCUGGACGAGGAGGAGCAGGCUAGUUCUAGCGACGAGGACAGGGACCAGCUCAACAAGAGGAGCAUUGAGGAGUGGAAACAGCAGCAGUUACUCACGGGCAAAGCUGGAAAGAAUGCCAACUUUGAGGCUUUACCUGAUGACUGGCGAGAGAGGAUGUUGAAGAAGAGGAAGAUGAUGAAGAGCACGUAACACACACUCCCCUCCCCGCCUACACACACACACACUCCUCCUUAACCCGACUCCAAAUGUUGGAUAAGAAUGAGAGGACUGACUGUGCACUUGACUCACUGUCAUUUUGAAACAGGUUUUGAAUAGCCCCUCAUAUCUUCAUCUGAAUAUAUUGGAUGGGCUUGAAUGUUUUUUUAAAUUUCUUGGCUGUAAAACCCACUAGUGUUUUUAAUAUGGUAAACUGGACUCUCCUACCAAACAUCCCCCUCUACCUGUUUAAAGCAUAAAUGCCGUUUUCUGUGAAACGUACGGCACUAAGAAUGCUGGAGUUUCUAAAUCUUUGUUUGUAAUGGAGAUCAACUCUUUGUUUUGACCUCCCCAUGUUCCUCUUGCCCAUUUUAAUAAACUAUGAUUUAAUAACA